UUCCCUCUAGACUCACCAAUUUCGUGUUCUUAAUCGUUCCUGUCUUUCUCUCUUCACUAUCUUCCCUUCCUUCAUUUCAUGGGUUCUCCCUCUCACUCUUCUGUCAUCGUCGUCGGAGCUGGUAUCUCCGGUAUAUCUGCGGCGAAGGUUCUGGCCGAAAACGGCGUAAAGGACCUCGUGAUCCUCGACGCUUCGGACCGCAUAGGCGGGAGGAUCCGGAAAGAAAAAUUCGGUGGCGUAUCAGUGGAACUCGGAGCCGGUUGGAUCGUCGGAGUCGGAGGCAAAGAGUCCAAUCCUAUUUGGGAACUCGCAACCGAAUUUGGCCUCCGAACCUGCUUCGCCGAUUACACUAAUGUGCGAUACAACAUCUCCGAUCGCAGUGGGAAGAUAUUUCCAAGAGAAAUCGCUGCGGACUCGUACAAAAAGGCUGUGGAAUCAGCGAUUCGGAAAUUCCGGAACCAAGAAGAUGUCGGAGGAGGCGAUAAUGGCUCCAACUCCAAAACCGAUUCACCUUCGACACCGUUAGAGCUGGCAAUUGAUUUCAUCCUCCAUGAUUUUGAAAUGGCAGAGGCGGUACCGUUAUGUACCUUCAGAGACUUAGGCGAAAGUGAAUUUUCGGUUGCGGAUGAAAGAGGUUUUGAUUAUUUGCUGUACAAAAUGGCUGAAGAUUUUCUGUUCACAUCCGAGGGUAAAAUAUUGGACAGUCGUCUCAAACUUAACCAGGUGGUUCGUGAAAUACUGCAUUGGGAAAGAGGCGUUAGGGUGAUAACAGAGGAUGGUUGCGUUUACGAAGCUGACUACGUAAUUGUGUCUGUCAGCAUUGGUGUUCUCCAAAGCGACAUCGUUGCCUUUACGCCACUCUUGCCCGGAUGGAAAUUGGAGGCCAUACAGAAAUGUGAGAUAAUGGUGUACACGAAAAUUUUCUUGAAGUUUCCGUAUCAAUUCUGGCCAACUGGACCCGGAAAGGAAUUCUUCGUCUAUGCUCACGAGCGGAGAGGCUACUACACAUUUUGGCAGCAAAUGGAGAACAUAUACCCUGGAUCUAAUAUCUUGUCCGUCACAUUGACAAAUGGGGAAUCUAAACGUGUGGAAGCUCAAGCCGAUGAAGACACCUUGAGAGAAGCUAUGGAGGUGCUCAGGGAUAUGUUUGGACCCAACAUUCCUGAUGCCAUUCAUAUACUGGUUCCUCGAUGGUGGAAUAACAGGUUCCAACGUGGCAGCUACAGCAACCAUCCCAUAAUCUCUAAUACCCAACUAGUUCAUGAUAUUAAGGCUCCAGUAGGUGGCAUUUUCUUUACUGGAGAACACACGAGUGACAGAUUUAGUGGCUACGUGCAUGGUGCAUACCUCGCGGAUAAAUAAGUCUUCAAUUUUCUAAGCUCAGGUGCUGAACUUCUUUCCUACACUGUAUUUAACCAAUAAACUUUUUCCCUACACAUUAAAGUGUGUUUGUCUUAACAUAUUUCAUUAAAAUUGUAAUGGCAUUCAUGUAUACGUUACAGGUAGCAAGAUUUAUUUAUAUACAGCAGCCAUCCAAGGUGAAUCAGUGAUCUAUACACCCUUGAAGGUUUAGUUCAAGAGUCUACUAUACUUAAUUGAAACAUGCAGGCAACACUUUUUUGUGGCUUCCAAGAAAAAUACCACCUGAACUACGGUUUUUUCAGUCCCUAACUACGGUGUCUGAGACAAUUAUAAUUGGACACAUUAACUGUAUCUUAUGCCAUAUAACUGCAAAACUGACUGGUUUAAAAUGUGACUUGGCCUUAUUUAUAAAACACAUAAAUCAUCUAAAUUCCAGAACUUCCUUAUUCAACUAGUCAUAUUAAUUGUUAUUAAGAAA